CAAUAUGGUUUUGUCGUUGGAUUCCUUGGACAACUUAGUAUCCUAGGGAAGAAUAUAGCGUAUUAGCGUAGUUCAAGUUUCUGUCCAUUGACCAUCUAUGAUGAAAAGGAAAAGUUGCAAAUUGUUGAAGGCUGCAACAAACAUAUUACACUUUUGUUCUUUUAGAACCUGUUAAGGCUGCUGCUUCAAGAUGGAGCUGCAUGCGCAUUGUUAUUACUAAAGGGAAAAUAUCUUGUCUGCAGCCCUAUAUUACUGCUAUAUAGGACUGGGUGCACCAUAAUGAUGAACCUAACUUUAAGGUCCCUGUCUUGUUUAGAACACUAUGGCUAGACAAUUAUGCAUUUAUAAGGUAUUCAUCACCAUCACGAGUGGUCUGCUUCUUCUAGUUGGGUAAGGAUGUGGCUUCAGGCCCUCUGAACUCUUAUGUCAACACGGUAGGUUUCGAAUUAUUAGAAAUGUCAGGCCCUGACAAAGAGAUCUCGGACAUGUUCACAGUUGGACCACCGCGACCAUAGCCACUUAGCUGAGUUAUGAAUCACCAAUGACUUACUCUAAGCUCCUUUUAGCAAUUUACUGAUCCAGGGUUCGCUUUUGAGGGCUUCGACACUGGUCCUUGAAAGCAAGCCACCGAGUUUCAAGGAGUAGGACUUGAUAAACAGUGACUGAGAAACGACUCAGCUUUGUUCUAGAGAAAAGACUAAUUCACACCAUACUCAGAUCAACCAAACAUCUUAGUUACCCGUCACAAAGUCCACAGAUCGAUAUAGGAGUAACAUCUACAGAUAAGACGAUAUAAACAACUAGAAAACGAGUUCUUUUGACUAAUAUGGGUUAUAGCCUUACUCUAUAAAUGAGUAUCUGUUAUCAGAAAUUUUCUAUAACAGUGUCUGUUUUCAGAAUUUUUGGAGAUGGGCCAGAGUCGGAUUUGGGACAUUAGAAGAUAAAAACCCUUGACCACUUAGGUUAUCCAAUCAUGCCUAGAAAACGGGUUCUUAAUCAUAUAUAAUCAUAUGAUUAUAUAUAAUAGGAGAUCACACCGUAAUCCUUCAAUUUACUGGAAAGAAAAACGAUAUCAUGUAUAGCAUAAAAGUUUACAGAACCAUAUCCCAGAAGCGUUUCUCUGCAAUAAAGACUUAAAAUUCACUAAUACACCUACAAAGAUGAAACAAAUAACGAUAAAAUCAAGAAGAUUGCAGAAAGUUUAUCAAAGGAGAAAGAAAGAGAUUGAGCCGGAGAAUUCUAUACGUUCCGUCCUGCAGUGAAACAGGUCAUGUCCUAUGAGCAGGAUACGUCUGGUUCAUCGUGCUUGUUAUCGUUGUAACACUGUGGAAUCAGAAAAUAUCGAGGAUUUCCAGAAUGAAGCCAUUGCAGAGCGGGCAAUUUCCUCUCUGAACAAAAAGCUCCCUCGAACAUAAUUUGCAGAAAGUAUGUCCACAAGGUAUAAAAGCAGCACCCUUAUGCCUCACCAUGCAAACACAACACUGACUAUAUUCACCACUCUCUUCAUGAGCAUCGUGUUCUUCUUCAGCUUCCUCUUCUUCGUCGUCCUCCAUCACAUAGGCCGAUUCUACUCCCAUUUCCCUGUCUGUCUCCGCCAAUAAGGCCAUCAAUGACAUCUUUGCAGUGCCUUCGUCCUUGUCUCCGUCCUCUCCCUCCUUCUCUCCUACCUCAUCCUCCUCGCCCUCUCUCGGUGUCAAUCCACUUUCCUCCAUGUAGUCCGAAGAAUCUGACAAGCCACUGAUACUUUUCUGAAACCGCCCUGACCUGCUCCGACCUGAUGGCGAAUCAAGGUCAGGGUCUGAAGCAGGCACACGUGUUGAAGGGCGACGCAACUUGAGACUGCUGCUACUAAGACUGUCUGAUCUCUGCAUUUUGGCACGUAAAAUUGAAGUCCAAGCAGCACUAGCGUGUUUAAGAUGAAACUUAUUAUGAAGAUACCUCCAAGAUUAUAUCAAAAAGGGUACGGCCUGAAGGAAAAUUUGGUGAUGAUCUUUUUUCAAGAUUAACAACAGAGCCGAAUGAAUUUCUUACGAGAAUUAAAAUGAUAUUCUCUAAAGGAGAGUAUUUCUCGAAGAUGAUUUAAUGUAUGUGUUUAAAUCUAAUUUCUGACACUCUUUGUGGCCAUGGUAGGUCACUGCCCGUUCAAAUCUCAACUCCCGCCAAAAAAAUCGAGAUAAGUAUACAGAUCGUUGAUUUAGAAAAUGCUGAAAAGGGGUUGUGAUUUGAGGAUUUUCUUGGCGAACCCAGGUGGGGAAAUUUGAGAUUGUUGAUGUAAUGAAUAAUAAAACGAUGAUAUCAAGAAAUGAGAAAAUGGAAUUUUAGUUCUUUCGAGGUAGAUAAUAGGAGUGGUAGAGGGAUUUGGGUGGAUGUGGAGGGAAAGUAGGAGAAGAAAGCUGAGGAAAUAAAAUGUGUUUAGAGCUAUUCUCAUGGUAGCAUGUACAGUCAUCCUUCUUUCCCGGAAUUUCUAGGCCGGAAUAAUUCGAUAUACUUUUACAGCUAAAAUAAAAUUAGUAUGUGUUCUUAUAAUAAUUUUCAGACUGAGUGACCGCCAGACUCUCUGAGACUUAUCACUUGGGAUAUCAUUGCGCUCUCUACUGAUAUUAUUGAUUGGUUCAUUGUUUUUUUGGUCAGUCUUGUGGACUAUAGUCCUUAAGAGACCGUCUCGUAUCAUAAGUUGAAGGAGCUCCGAGUGAACCUGAAAUAGGCCAUAAAGUUGGAUAAUCGUGUAAUUCGUUAACAUUUUCUUGGUCCAAGUAUAACAUGAUCUACGACAUUAUAUAUUGUUGGUCCUCAGUCCUAACAAAGUCAAUGACUGAGUUGUGCAUCAGUCAUUAGAUUUCUAUGAGGAAUUAUAAACAGAAACAAGCUGUGUUAUUAACUUUACCCCAUGUUUAGAGCUCUGUUGGUAAUGUGUAGAGCUUCAAGCCUUACAAGCAUCGAGGAUAGAAUAGAAGUCUAUUAGUUUACAUGAAUGGUCUGCGAUUAGUAUUUUCGUUCUUUGUCUCAGGUUCUAACAUUUCUUCAUUUACCGAUCCUGUAUAAUGAGUAGUGGAUUUCCCGAGUUGAAACAUUAUGCUCCUGGCAUCCCCAUAGUUUUUGAUGGAGCAAAGCUUGGUGAGUUUCCUCGUUCUCUCGUUUUGUUCUAUCAGUUCUAGAUUUGUAAUGCCCAGCGUAUGGGUACCCUUCCUCAGUAUAAUGCAGCAUUAACCCCCCCAUUAAAACCAUCACCUAUCCCCAGUCCCUACACACCCCUAAAACCACGGCAGAACCUGGAGUACCAGAUUGGCUGUCUCCCUGCAUUUGCUCAUAAAGCCCACUCCCUCGAAAAACAUUAAGCAUAAAUUGACUUUUACAGUAUUACUCAACUCACCAGCCCAAAUGGCAAUGGUUGCUUCUGCUGUUGCCUCAUCAUCCAUGUCACACCUCCGAUUCCUUCAUUCUUACACGUUUCCUCGAUUUGAGUCAGGUCAGGUUCAGUUAAAGGUGGCUGCUACAGCUAAAGUAGUUAUGUACCAAAUGAUACCACCUUCUUCUUCUGCUGCACCUCUCAUUCCUACAACAGUUGAUGUGAAUUUGGGUGAUCGGAGCUACCCUGUCUAUAUAGGGACCGGACUUCUUGAUCACCCCCACCUUCUUCAAAGGCACAUAAAAGGAAAGGGAGUUCUUGUAGUCACCAACACAAAAGUUGCGCCCCUAUAUCUGGAUAAAGUCAUUCAUGCUUUAAUAGUUGGAAAUCCUAAUGUUUCCGUUGAAAGUAUCAUCUUGCCCGAUGGAGAGCAAUAUAAGAACAUGGAUACACUCAUGAAAGUCUAUGACAAGGCAAUUGAGUCACACUUAGAUCGACAUUGUACAUUUGUUGCCCUUGGAGGGGGGGUUAUGGGUGAUAUUUGCGGUUAUGCUGCUGCAUCCUUCCCUCACGGUGUUAAUUUCAUUCAGAUUCCUACGACUGUCAUGGCACAGGCAGAUUCUUCAGUUGGUGGUAAGACUGGAGUUAAUCACCGGCUUGGAAAGAAUUUAAUUGGCACGAUCUACCAACCACAGAGUGUGCUAAUUGACACCGACACAUUGAACACAUUACCAGAGAGAGAAUUUGCAUCGGGGUUUGCAGAGAUCAUAAAGUGUGGCCUUGUUGCAGACGCUGAGUUUUUUGCAUGGCAAGAGAGAAACAUGGAUGCUCUAAUGGCAAGGUACCCUGAUGCAUUGGCUUAUGCGAUCAAGCGGUCAUGUGAAAUCAAGGCCGAGAUAGUAUGCCAAGAUGAGAUGGAAAGUGGACUGAGGGCAAUUUUGAACUUGGGUCAUACUUUUGGUCAUGCAAUAGAGACUAGUUGUGGCUACGGAGAGUGGCUUCAUGGAGAAGCUGUUGCAGUUGGCACGCUUAUUGCUGUUGAUAUGUCAUACCGUCUUGGUUGGAUUGACAAUUCAGUUGUGGAACGAGCUAACAAGAUCAUAAAGCAGGCUAAACUACCCACUCGUCCUCCUGCAAAUAUGACUGCAGAGAUGUUCAAGUCUGCCAUGGCGCUUGAUAAAAAGGUAGCAGAUGGUGUGUUAAGACUGGUUCUUCUGAAAGGCCCUUUAGGUAAUUGUGUUUUCACAGGUAGUGGUGGCCAUACGGGCGUCCCGUGACGAGACGAGACGAGUCGGAGGCGAGACGAGUUGAUGAAAGGUGAACUCGUGGACGUCUCGUGGAAGGCUAGCGAGACGAGACGAGCCGAGACGAAUUUGAAAUAUUAAACUCGUGUCCAACUCGCGAGUUUGGCGAGUUGGACGAGUCGUGAUUUUUUUUUCUCUGCAGUGCAGCUGGCGAGACGGGCGAAGCGAGACGAGUGAGUUCUGUGACUAUAUUAAUACUCCUGCUGCAAAGCAAUGAUUGAGCAGACAAAAGUAGCCACUAGCCAGUAGCCAGCAGGGGAGUAGGGGCCAGGGGCCUUUUGACUUGUUUUUUUUUUGUUUCCAGUAGCAUUUUUAUUAUGUAUAUUAAUUUAUUAUGUAAUAAAAAAAGAGGACGGUACCUCUAUUUAUUUUAUUAAUUAAAAAAAAUUACAACUGAUUAGAGAGGACUCCUCUCUAA